CAUCUUGUUUCUACCAUGGAACUAUGAUACUAGAUAUAUCUAGAUCUAGUAGUAUAGUUCCAUAGUUUCACUUUCAGAUUUCUUAUACUACUAUAGAAUAGAUUAGUAUAGAUUCUAGACUCUAUAGAGGGGAGAUAUAUAUAUAUACUAAAUUUAUUAUAGGUCUUGAGCUAGCCUAGUCUAGUUUCUGAGAUUUAAGUAAGUUAACUAUUCUAACUAUACUAUUGGUUUCAGUCUCUAGAUCUAGAUCUAUAUAGGUCUAUAAUAUAGAAUCUAGUCUAGAUCUAUCUUUUGGACUUUUGUUGGCUCUGCUGUCCUGCAGUGUACGGACAUUCCAGCAGGCGACUUUUAGAGAGGUCUUAAUCUACUAGAAUCUACAUUGAGUUGACAUUCCAAUUUGAAAGUUUUCAUGGCCUCUUCCUAUCCAGCAGAUUGUAGGCCUACUGAUGAUCUUAUUGGGCUUACCUUAGACUUUGAGAAAUUAAUCUUAUCAAAGGAAGAUGCUGCAUCAAAAAAGUGGAGUGACAUAGGGAAAAGUAAUGUAGAGUAUGUCAUUAGCCAUCAUGAAACAAAUACUAAGUCUUCAACAACACAAGAAAAUACUGCCAGAACUACUUCUAAAAGUGAGCUUAGAGGAUAUCAGAAAGAGUUGGCAGAAUAUGCCUUAACUGGCAAAAAUACAUUAAUUUGUGCUCCCACUGGAUCAGGGAAAACCAAAGUGGCAAUUCAUAUAAUUAAUGAACACUUAAAGAAUCAUGAAGGAGGGACAAGGAAAGUUGCAUUUUUGGCUAGAACAGUACCACUUUUGAUGCAACAACACAAAAUGUUGUGCCAGGAGCUCCCAGAGGAAUAUAAAAUUACCUCUAUAUGUGGCAGAAAUAAAAGUAGUAUAAAACUUCAUCUACUUGUUCCUGAGUAUGAUGUCAUUGUUAUGACUCCUAUGAUAUUGUACAACUCACUGAAAGAGAAAUUCCUUGAGCAUCUUGGUGUUUUCUCUCUGAUUGUCUUUGAUGAAUGUCAUCAUACUCAUAAAGGGGAACCCUACAAUUUACUGAUGUUGAACUAUUUGGAAACAAAAAGUAGAAAUGAUGAAAGCAUAAGAUUACCUCAGAUUGUUGGUUUGACUGCUUCAGUUGGUGUGGAGAAAGCCCAAAAAGUGGAAGAUGCUGUGAAACCUAUCUUUGAUCUCUGUGGAAAUUUGGAUGUUGAAAAUAUUUCCAUUGUGGAAAAGUUUAAAGAUGAAUUGGAAAGUUAUUUGCCAAAUUUGAAUGAAAAAUCCAAACAAUUAAGAGAACAAUAUCAAACUGAAAUAGCCCAAAAAAUCACAGGUGUGAUGAUAAAAAUGGAAAAUGAAUUAAAAAAGCUUGCAAAAGAAAUAAGCAAUGAUGAACUGAAAAAUCUGGUGUCUAAAAUUCCUGAUACAAAGAGAAAAUGUCUAGAAUAUAGACAGUGGGCUGAAAGUGUCAAGAGAGAGGCCAGAUCAGAAAUCAUUGAUAGCUCAACUCAUCUCUGUGUCAGAACAAUAAUCAUUAUUGUCAAUUAUUUAAUAGUUUAUAAUUGUGCCCUAGAUACACUAGAUCUGGUUGAACUUAAAGAUGUUAUGCAGCAUUUGAAAACCAACAUUGAUUAUACUGUCAAAGUGGAUGAAUAUACUUUAAAUCAGGAAAAAACAUUUUAUAAUUAUUUUCAAGAGCUGGAUGAGUUUGUAUCAAGAAAAGCAGUGGAAGAAAAUAGAAAUCUGAUUACUCUAAAUGAUAUAUUGAAAGAAAAUCUCAAGGAAGAAUCUCAAAAAGGCAUCAUCUUUGUCAAGACAAGGCUUUUAACAGAAGCACUUGCUUCAUGGUUGAAUAGAAAUGAAUGGGCUGCUUCACCCUUUACCAGCGCUAACAAUACUUUAGGUCUUGGUAUGUCUCAGCAGCAACAAGAGAGUAUUUUAGAAGCUUUUAGAAAUGGAGAGAAAAGAAUUUUGGUUGCUACAUCAGUGGCAGAAGAGGGCCUGGAUAUCCCAGAAUGCAACUUAGUUGUAAAAUAUAAUCAUGUUGGCAAUGAAAUUACUACUGUGCAAACCAGAGGACGUGCCAGAGCAAAAGAUGGUGUCUCUGUUCUGCUGGCUAUGGAUGAAAUACUAAAAAAGGAAAUACAAAAUCGUCAUAAAAUGACCUUAAUGCAUGAUGCCCUAAAGUCUCUGCGGAAUUGGAGCCCCUCUGAAUGGACAAGUAAAAUGAAAAUUUACCAAGCAAGUACAUUAAAAGAUGCCAAAGAGAAGGAGAAAACAGAAAAUGAAAGAAAACGAAAACUUGUACAUACUGACUUUACAAUGGUUUGUCAUUUAUGCAGAAAGUUUCAAGUCCACAGUUCCAAAAUUAAAUUAAUUAAUAAAACUUGCUUAGCAGCUUUAGACAGUUCGCUACUUUCACAAGUCUGGAUGUUUGCAAGUGCAAAAGGAAUUGAAGAGUUUGAUGAAAUAGAAUAUGUUGCAGACGCUAGAUGCUUAUGUGAGCCCCAGCCAGGCAAGAAAUGCAGAGCUUUUUUGGGAAGAAUUGUUAGAUGCUGCAAUAAUCCUGUCCUUGCUCUUAAAGUAAAGAACUUUGAAUUCAAAACUAAACCUAAUGCUCGACCUCAGAAAUUCAAUCAAUUGAAAAAAGUCCCAUUUUUCGUUGAUGACAUUACACAUGAAGAUAUACAAAGAUAUAUUUUUGAAGAUUCAUCAAUGGAUAUAAAUGAGGAAGUCCAUGCUAAUGAAACACAUGGUAAUGUUCCUAGAAAUAGCUCAAGUAAAAGAGAUCACUCUUUAGAAGCCCGAGAAACAGACAAGAGACAGAAAUUAGAACCAAAUACCCAAGAGGAAAAUAGUUUGGAGGAUGUAUUCAAUAAUAUUGAUGCUAUUCUAGAAAACGAAUAGUAUAAUGGCAUUUCAUUUGUGCUUUGAAUCCUAAAAUGAGAUUUUAAAACAUGUUUUAUUAUUUGCUUUAUUUUUUUUACUCUUUUACAGUGAAAGAGAUAUUAUAAAUGAUUGAUUGAUUGAUAUUAAAAAUCUUUUUCAUGUGAUGCCCUCUCUCAUUAUAAAUAUUUUUUUUGUAGUAGAAACCAUACAGAUAGCUCUAUAUAUAAUUAAAAUGAAAUUGUUAACUCAAUAACCAAAAAAAUCAAUAGAAAAACAAAAUAUCAGAGAAGAAUGGAGCCUAUUAUACUCUUUUGUCAUUUUUAUGCUUUAACAUUACUACCGCAAAUAAAUGACAAAGCAGAAGAAAUCCAACCUCCUUCUUCUGUCAUUCUCAUUCAUAGAGCUCUCAGGAUUAUAUCCUGAUGAAGACUGGACUUUAAACUGCAGCAUUUUUUGACACCCUUUCAUCCACACAGCUCUAAUGUAUAGCUAACAGUUAAGUGGAGAAAGUAAAGGUGUACUUUUAUUUAAUUACUUAUCUCACAUAAGUAAAACUUUAAAGGCAACAAAAAAAAGGAUAAAAACAGAUUUUUUUUUUUAUUUAAAAAAUAUGUCGAAUUAUUUGAACUAGAAUCAUCCCUGCUUUGAUGACUCAGAUGAAAACAAAAUCUUUUAACAUGUAACAAUCAAGAGGAAAGACAAUUAUUAGCAGAUAAUUAUUUAAUAAUCAAAUAUAUCUUUCAAAUGUUGUUGACUCAAAGGAAGAAAAAUAACCAUGUGAGUAUUAUAAGGGAUUAGUAUUAUGUACUCAUGGGUAUACCACCACUAAUAAUAAUCUGUUCUUCUUUGGAGAUUCCCAUCUCCUUGGAUAACUAUAAAUAGCUGGCAUUUUUUUCUAUCCAGUAUAAAGAGUAUAGGAUAUUUUUGUAUAUAUUUAAAAGGUUUACCAUACUUUAUUUAUUUUUUUACACUUUUUUAGCAUUGUAAAAUCAAAACUGUAAGCUCUUUUGCUUAAAGCACAAUCUGUUAUUACUUAUUUUUAAAAAAUUAUCUUUCAUUAUGUUGUCCUUGACAUUGUUUAGUUUUCUAUUUAUUUCAAGAUCUCUUCAAAUCUACCUCUUUUAAUUUCUUGUUUUCCUUUAGGUUUUCUUAUAUUGCCUCCACAUCACUUUCUCUUCUUUUUCUAUGUUUCUGUAUCUUUUUU